UGGUGGAAUGGAGUGCGCAUGCGCGAAAAUGACGUUUGGCUUACGUCGUCUGAAUUGGUCACUGCGGCUUGCCGUAGUGUGUUUUUGGCGGGUCGAGUCAAAAACAGGGCUUUAGUCACAUAAUGAAAGAAACAAGCGUUUCAGCUCCAGAUGAGAUGGCAAAAACGAGUGAAAGCGGUUCCUCUGAGAAAGAGAGAGCGGAGGAAAAUCCCGCGGAGGCGUCGAAUCAGGACGCGGCUGGAAAACCGACUGAAGAGGCGAGUGAACGGAUCAAGCUGUUCGAUAAAGUCAUGCAGAAGAGCCUGAACAACUUCAUGGAGCAGGCCAGUUUUAAAGGGUUUUCCAGCAUGUUUCGCCCUUUGUACAAGAUGAACCCUCGGAUAAUGGAGAGCAUUCACAAGCAGUUCACUGAGGAGCUGCGCAAAACUAUCCAGGAGGACAUCACCAAACUGAUUGAAGAAGGGGAGYUGAGCUUCAAACUGAAUGAAAUUGACAAGCUGGAGGCAGCUGCCAAGGAUGAUCCAGAGCCUGCAUGGCGGCCAAGUGGAGUUCCCGAACGGGACUUCUGCAGCUUUUUGAUACCCUAUUAUCAAAAACAGGAGGGCUACGUGGCGCGGGAGCUGAAAAAGAUCCAAGCAGAGAAUGCYACCCUGGCAAAGAAGGUUCAGGCGGGUAGAGAGAGCAUCGCUCAAACUGAACUACGUAUUUCCACAGCUGUAGAAGACUGGAAGGCAUCAGUGGCAGAAUUUGAAAAGGUUUCUUCUUCUUUCCACUCUGCUGUUGUGUGAUUUAUUUUUGAUUUCUUUUUCUUUUAGUUUGUUUCCACUAUUUAACUGUACAUAUUUWGUUUACUGUGCUAACUUGAAUAAUAAAGAAGUGAAAUAUUAAUAACA